CUUAUCACCACUGUUUGGUAUUUGGUGGGUAUUGAUGAUAUGUAUCCUGGAAGUUUCCCGCCUAGAUGAAUGUAAAAAGAGAUAUCUGAAGUCUGAGCAGAUCGUCAUUUAGGUCUACAAGGGAUGAAAGGCAAAAAAGGUAACUUACUGUCAUUCAAUCCUUUGUGUAUUUUGCCCAUCAUUAGCUAAGAGACAUUUAACACAACUGGAGGGACAGGUGCCUGAAGCAUUUGCAUCGCCUGACAAUCUGUUUAGAAGGGAAGAGCGUUUGUAAUGGCACUGACACUGCAACACCUAGCAUGUUAAUUUAUAGCUGACGACUAGUAGCCACUAGCUAGCAAUUUGCACGGUAAAUGUAGCUCGAUGAUCAUGACAAAACAAAAGUUAAAAAAAAACAACAUUUGAAAUCAUUUCAGAAGGAUUUAAACUUUAGUCAUGAUCAUCGAGCUACAUUUACCAAACUCGCAAAGUGAUCAUAGGAUGCAACAAUUUAUCUCUUACCACACUGCAGUCAUUGUAGCCAGAAACACAUUUCUGAGUGAGGAUACAAUGUUUCCGCAUAUGAUAUGUUGCCAUGACAGCUAGUAAACGUUCUUGGCGGAAAGCAAGGAGGGCGAGGCAGCAGAAUAAAAAGCAUUUGGCUAUUUGCAAGCAAACCUACCUGUCAUCUAGCGCCUACGUGUGGCGAAAGUUUUUACUGCCUAUUUUGCUUCAUCAUUGAAGACGCGCCACUGUUGUGUUUUUCGAAGAUUCAUCAUGGCAAUGCAUGCGAAGGCGACACCACCACAGAUUCCCGACACACGUCGGGAACUCUCGGAGCUGGUCAAGAGGAAACAAGAACUUGCGGUAAGCGAAAUAGCUAGUUACGUUUCCAUUUGGCUAAAUAUCUUGCUAUAUGCGUAUCUUGCUGCAUCUAAUGCUUUAUUUGAAGUUAGCUUGCUAGCUAACUAACGUUAGGCCGCGCUAGUUACUACGACUAGGCCUCGGCUUUCUACGAACAUCUUUGUGGUUUUAUCGUUAGCUAGCUACCAUACUAUUCGAGUUAUCGAACAUUAGAUACAAUGUAACAUGUCUUUAUUCAGCAUGGUGAGUAGAUUGUUUUACUCCUGACUCAAUGGUUAUGCAAUGCGUCGCUGGCGCUAGUUACUAUGUAGUAACUUAUUUUGCCCACAAGGAGCAGCCAAAACCUACUAUGCGCAAUCCCACGCCCACAUACUGUACACCAUGGCUCUGGUACCAAGGUUUUCCCCUUUUAUCUGUGGUGGUACAGUCUCUGGCUAUAUUGUAAUUACACAUUCCGUCCGUUUCAUAAACCACAAAUGCAAAGUCUAAUGCCUUUUGCAUACUUUCCACAGGAGACGUUGGUGAACUUGGAGAGACAGAUCUAUGCAUUUGAGGGCAGCUACUUGGAAGACACCCAGAUGUAUGGGAACAUCAUCAGAGGAUGGGACAGAUAUCUCACCAACCAAAAGUAAGCAUGACAUGGUACGGCAGACUCAGACAUGAAAAGAGAACAGUUGAUAUUGAAUCAUCGAGCCUGUGUUUGCAAUCUAUUUACCCUGUUUUGUAUUGUUCCGUUAUAGAAAUUCCAACAGCAAGACGGACAGAAGAAACAGAAAGUUCAAGGAGGCAGAGCGUCUGUUCAGCAAGUCCUCUGUCACUUCUGUAGCAGUGAGUGCCUCACUUCACUCUCCUCUGUCUGUCCUCUCAAUAUUUUCCUGGUAGAUCGUGUAUGAUUGCAAGAAUGUGUAAAGAAUGAGUCUGACCAACUUUUUGUCUUUGUUGAACAGGCUGUCUGUGCACUCGGUGGGAUACCAGAUCACAUGAAUGAAAAGCGUAGGUAUUUGGCUCAGCCAACUGCAUGGCAACUUUUACCACAGUGCAUAUGUCUGUGUGAGAGACAGAUAGACGUGAGUGUGACAUGCUGCUCCAUUGUGUCUGCCCCAUCAGGUGAGCCCGGCAGUGGGACAGAGAGCGACACAUCCCCAGACCUCCAGAACCAGGAGAAUGAGCCCAGUCAGGAGGACACGGAGGACGCAGACGGGGCCCUGCAGGACCUCAAACCUCAGAAGGCUGCAUCCUCUUCCUCAGGCAGUCACCACGGGAGCCACAAGAAGAGGAAGAACAAAAACAGACACAGGUACUAGACCUUAAACACAGCCCCCUGGUCUAGGCUAACUCCUAAACACAGCCCCCUGGUCCAGGCUAACUCCUAAACACAGCCCCCUGGUCCAGGCUAACUCCUAAACACAGCCCCCUGGUCCAGGCUAACUCCUAAACACAGCCCCCUGGUCUAGGCUAACUCCUAAACACAGCCCCCUGGUCCAGGCUAACUCCUAAACACAGCCCCCUGGUCCAGGCUAACUCCUAAACACAGCCCCCUGGUCCAGGCUAACUCCUAAACACAGCCCCCUGGUCCAGGCUAACUCCUAAACACAGCCCCCUGGUCCAGGCUAACUCCUAAACACAGCCCCCUGGUCUAGGCUAACUCCUAAACACAGCCCCCUGGUCCAGGCUAACUCCUAAACACAGCCCCCUGGUCCAGGCUAACUCCUAAACACAGCCCCCUGGUCCAGGCUAACUCCUAAACACAGCCCCCUGGUCCAGGCUAACUCCUAGGGCGCAUUCAGCAGGACACAACGUUGUGGAACAUUCAGGCGGCAUGCCUAGCGGUUAAGAGUGUUGGGCCAGUAACCGAAAGGUCGCUGGUUAGAAACCCCAAACCGACUAAGUGAAAAAUCUGUCGGUGGGCCCUUGAGCAAGGCACUUGACCCUAAUUGUUCCUGUAAGUUGCUCUGGAUAAGAGCGUCUGCUAAAUGACUGAAAUGUAAGAUGUACUGAACAUGGCCCUACUGUCAAGUCUGAUAUCUGUGCUGCGCUCUCUCACUCUUUUUGAUUGCUAUGGAUAAUGAAUGUUGUCUCUGACUGAAGUUUCUUUGGCCGAGCUGCUAAGCUUGUACUGCUUUUGUUUUUCUUGGGUGAGCAACGCACCAUUUUUAAAGUUGUCAUGGUCAGUUUGAUUGGGUGUACUAGUGUAUAAACGUCUGGUUUAUUGCAAGUGGAUAGUCUCUGUUUGUGUUGGAGCUGGAAUGGGAGGAAUAGGAAGGAACACAACUUUUCCAGCUAUAUUCAUAUCAAUCAGACAGUGUCAACUCAACUUAUCACACCUGUUCCUAGCCACAUUAUUAUAUGUUGUAUGUAGCUUAAUACACCAUAAUGUAUUUAGCGCCAGAUCUGCUCAAGAAGAUAGGCUCAAUUUUGUGAAAAUAUUGUGGUGGUUUAAUUAUUGACAAGUCUAUUUUACAGAUAUGUAGGCAUCCCUUUAGAGUGAGCCAGGCCGGGUGUACUAACUACUGCUGCUCUUUCCUCCCCUAAUGCUGCCCCAGCCCUUCUGCCAUGUUUGAUUAUGACUUUGAGUAAGUCUCCAAUUUUACUUCCUGCUUCCUGUGGUGAUACAUCCUGGCUACAUACCAAAUGUCACCCUAUUCCCUAUAUAGCGCACUGCUCUUGGGCUCUGGUCAAAAGUAGUGGACUAUGUAGGGAAUAGGGUUACAUUUGGGACACAACCCUGCCUUCUCUGACCCCAUCCUGACUUCCCCACUCUCUCCGUCCCUCAGCUCUCUGUUUUGCUUCUGUCUCUCUAGCUCUGUCGGUUCAUGCCCUCGUAGUGAAUCUAUCAUUAUUGCAUGUCCAAAUCUUCAGUGGUGUCCCAAAUGACGCCCUAUUCCCUAUUUAGUGCACUACUUUUGACCAGGCCCCAUGUAAGGAAUAUGGUGCCAUUUGGGGAUGCACGCUUCAUUUCUCAAAUCAUGCGUUGUUUAUAAUAAAGUAUUAGCACCUAGCUUCUGUAGACUCAACACUAGAUUAUUAAGUGUUUAUGAAUCAUAGGGGCAUAAACACUUCUUCUAUAGAAGCUCAGUGUAUUUCUUGACCCUUCAUGGUUUCAUUCCAAAAGGUCAAGUUCCCCUAAUCCAGUUAUGAAAAAACCCGCUCUUCCUGCCAAAAUGAGAUGGGGAGGUCAAAGGUUGAGUACAAACAAACAUCUUUCACCGCACCCCAGGUGUUCAUAUGGUGCUCUGGUGGUCUUGUUGUGGUUUGGUCUCUUAGCGCUUAGCUUGAGUAACUGUAGUGGUGCUUGUUGUCCCCAUAGUUACUGUUGUAUUUAGUAAAACCUGAAAUAGGCCUACCUAACAUAACUCUUGCUUUGAUUUGUUUUUAGAUUUGACAUGAAGGUGAACAAAAAACCCAGAGCGGUAAGAUAUUUAUUUGUAAGACAACAUAACAUUUAAAUGUAUUCUCGUUGCUUGCAUUGAGCUAUCAAUAAAGCAAUUUGUUAUUAGAAAGAUUUAGGUUCUGCUUUUAAUUCUGUUGUCUAUGUUCUCCUUGUUCCACAGGACUAUUCGACUUGAUGAAAAGGGAUCGUAAGCAGUAUAAACAAGACCUAGUGGGCAGACAGAAGAGGUCUACGGUGAAACAGAGAGCCCCUCUGAACUUUAACUGUCUUUAUUUCUGCUUUGUCAUUGCAUGAAACAUUGCCUCUCACCUGCUAUCAGAAAUAUUUGUGUUUCAUGAUUUUCCUGCA